AUGCUGAGCCGGGUCGUGGUGCUGAGUGCGCUGGCGUGCUGCUGCUGCCUGUGCCCGCGGGUAGCGGCGGAGAGCCGCAGGAGGGACCUCUGCCGGAGCCGCUGUGUGUGCGAGGAGAGGGACAGCGUGCUCAAUGUGAACUGCGAGGCCAGGGGCUUCACCAGGGUCAGCGGCCUGCAGCCCCCCCAGCACCGCCUCUACCAGCUCUUCCUGAACGGGAACUCGCUCACCAAGCUGCCGGCGAACUGCUUCACCAACUUCAGCCAGGCGGUGACCCUCCACCUGGGCAGCAACGGGCUGCAGGAGAUCCGCAACGGGGCUUUUCAGGGGCUGACCCUGCUCAAGAGCUUGCACCUGGACAACAACCGGCUGGAGGUGCUGAGGGAGGACACCUUCCUGGGGCUGGCCAGUCUGGAGUACCUGCAAGCGGACUACAACUACAUCAGUAGCAUCGAGCCGGGUGCUUUCAACCGCAUGCACAAGCUGAAGAUCCUGAUCCUCAAUGAUAACCUGCUGCCCAGCCUGCCCGGCAACAUCUUCCGCUUCGUGCUGCUCACCCACCUGGACCUGAGGGGCAACAGGCUGCGGAAGCUGCCCUUCAGCGGGGUCCUGGAGCACAUCGGGGGCAUUGCUGAGAUCCAGCUGGAGGAGAACCCCUGGAACUGCAGCUGCGAGCUGCUGCCCCUCAAGUCCUGGCUGGACUCCAGCGCCCUGCAAGGGGGCGAGCUGGCCUGCGAGAGUCCCUUCCGGCUGCACGGCCGCCUGCUAGCCCAGCUCAGCCGCCAGGACAUCUGCCCCCGGCGAGCCCACAGCUCCACCCCCGGCGGCGGGGGGGACUCCGGGCUGAGGAUCCAGCGACUCCCCCCGCACAGGGCUCAGCCGCAGCCCCUGGCCACCGCGGCUCAGCCCGGCCCCAGGGCGGGCAGGACCCCGGCUGGAGGCAGGGGCAGGCCGGCCGCCACCCCCGCCCCCGACCCCCGGCAGAUGAGGGGCUCCCAGAGCCGCCUGGCCGGGCAGCCCGACUGCCCGGGGCUGUGCUGGUGCAACGUGCAGCAUUCGGAUGGCGCCUUGCAUGUGCACUGCCACGAGCGGAGGAUCGGGAACCUGAGCGAGCUGCAGCCGCGGCCCUCCAGCCCCAGGAAGCUCUACCUGACCGGCAACCUGCUGCACAUGGUGCAGCUGCACGACCUGGAGGAGUACGGCAGCUUGGAGCUGCUGCAUUUGGGUAGCAACCGCAUCUCGGUCAUCCAGGAGGGGGCCUUCCGCAACCUGAGCAACCUGCGGCGCCUCUACCUCAACGGGAACCACAUCGAGCGCCUCUCGCCGGCUCUCUUCGUGGGUCUGCAGCGGCUGCAGCACCUCUACCUGGAGUCCAACGUGAUCAAGGAGAUCCUGCAGUACACCUUCCACUCCCUGGCCAGGCUGAGUCUGCUGCAGCUCAACAACAACUUGCUGCGUUCCCUGCCCGCCAACGUCUUCGUGGGCACCAACCUGAGCCGCCUCAACCUCCGCAACAACCACUUCUCCCAGCUGCCGGUGCGGGGUCUGCUGGACCAGCUGCCCGCCACCGUGCACCUGGACCUGCGGGAGAACCCCUGGCACUGCGGCUGCCCCAUCGUGGCGCUCAAGAGCUGGGUGGAGCGGCCCGGGGGCGGCGUGCGGGCCAGCGAGCUCUCCUGCGAGUCGCCGGCCAAGUACGCGGGCCGGGCGCUGCGCUCGCUGCGGGCGGAGGAAAUCUGCUCCGAACACUCGGAUCCGAGCGCCACCGCCUUGACCCGGAGCCCGGGCCAGCCCAAGCUGCUGGGCGGCGAGCUGGGCACUGCCAGCCCUGAGGCGGCUCAGGCCAGUGCUGUGCCCCUCUCGGUGCUGAUCCUGGGCUUGCUGGUGGUCUUCAUCCUCAGCGUGUGCUUUGGAGCGGGGCUGUUCGUCUUUGUCUUGAAGAGGCGCAAGACGGCUCAGAGUGGGCAUGGAGGUGCCCACCACAGCCCGGACCUGAACUCCUACCAGCUGCAGUACCCUCCCUAUGGCGGGGAGGGUACAGACAAGGCAGAAGCUCAUGUCUACAACUACAUCUCCCACCCCCUGGGCCAAAUGUGCAAGAACCCCAUCUACGUGCAGAGGGAGGGCGAGCAAGUGGCUUACUACCGGGACCUGGCAGGGAAGAAGCCUCCCCCGGCGGCCCCCGCUUACUCCAUCAGCACGGUGGAGCUGCUGGAGCACCGACCCCCCGCGGCCAGCCCCUCCGAGCUGCUGUACCAGAACCUGGCCGAACGGCCCAAGGCGCUGCCCGGGGCGCACUACAGCUUCUGCACCUUGCCCAAGCGCCCGUUCGGCCCGUCCCAGGACAGCAGGCACAAGGAGCAGGACAGGCUCAACAAGACGGUGCUGUACGGCACGCCGAGGAAGCAGCUCCGGGAGGCAUCCAGAGGCGAUAGCCUGUGUCUCCGAGGCAAGUUCCAGGCCGAACCAGACUACCUCGAGAUGUUAGAGAGACAGACUGCCAUCAGUCAACUGUAGAGUGGAACAGAGAGAGAGAGAGAGAGGUGAACCACUGACAACAAAAAGGACACCCCGUACACAUGGUUGACUCGAAACCUGACUUAUUCCACAGUGAUUUCUGACUCAAGUUUGGUGAUUUCACCAAAUCCCGAUUCUCCCAAAAUCCUAUUGAUUUCUCGAUUUUACAAAGGAAGAUUUUUGGGACUUUUUUUUCCCUCCCCCGUAUGAUUACUGGACACCACAUUCCCUGCUGAGUUGGUUCUAAAAAUCCACGAAUGCGAAGGAAUUCGUCUACUUCUGCUUUUCAGUUUCCUCACCGAUAUUUGAUCAUAUUGUAUAAGUUUGGCGUUUAUUGCAAUUUCCAAAGACCAUUCUAUCCCGCCCUACAUAGUGAGCUAUAUACCGGCACUAUCUAUGGCAAGGAAAACCUUUUUUCUUUGGUUUGGUGGAGAACGUUAAUUACAAAACGCAUCUUGGUCUGAACAUUUACUUUUGUUUGAUGCUUUUGGUGGUAAACUGUACUACCACGUUUUUAGCAAACUGAUAUAUCUCCGGCGCUCCUGAGGGUUGGUCUCUCGGGAGCUGAAAUAUUUUUAUUCCCCAAAUGAUUGUAUCUGUAUCACAU